AUGCCUUUCUCAAACAACACGUGGAUUGCCUGCCGGAAAACGGGGGCACACGAGUGGCGGUGGAGUCGGAUGGGCCCGAUAACCCGCCCCGCAACGACUCCUUGCUCCAAAUGGAAGAUCCACGACAACGGCGGAGCCCCGGCGGCGGUGUCUGCCAGGUGGCUCGCCGCCAAGCUGUGGCGGGAAGAGCCAAAGUCAAAGGUUGACCACAAAAUGUUGACUGAAGUCAAACAUUUGACUGAUGACGUCAAGACAGAAAGACAAAUUUACAAAAAGGCCCUCGCCACAAAUUCCAAAUUACGAGCCGACAUUGAUCGGGCCAAGUCAAUGGGCAACAAAUUCGUGCACGAACGUGCCAGAGAGAAGGCGAUACGAGAAUCACUUGAAAAUGCCCGUAUCAAAAUGAACAAAAAGAUUCGGGUGAAAAAAGAUGAAGUUGGGGAGUUGAGGGGUCAAAUUGCAAGAAUUCGGGAGGAGGUCGAGAAUGAGAAGCACAAGCUAAGGGUCUUGGAGGCUUGGGGCGAAGAACACGCGCGGGUGAAGUUAGCAGAGGCUAAGUUGAUUUUGGAAGAUAAGCUUUGUUUGAUUAAUAGUCUAAUUAAGGAUAUUAAGGGGUUGUUUGGUUGA